GACCAUAAUAGUUGCCUGUCAUUGAAAUCGGGUUCAUAAAGAUUUGUGUCAUCCAACGGAAAUUCCCCUAUUGAAGCUCAGAUGCCAAUGCCCACCGCGCUGUUAUACAUGGACUAUAGAUCUCAAGCAUACCUAGAACACUUUUCUUGCGAUCAUUAUACUAAAUACAAAUGCGUGAAAAGGUUUUCAUAUGAGGAAUUUUCGAUCUGUUCAGCUUGAUGUUCGUGUAAUAUCUCAGCAGUAGCUGUUAAAAGAAGUUGAUCGGGAUAACAGCAUUGGUGGCUGUCGUGUCUGUCCGUCUGAGCUCAUAUCUCCUAAACCUUUCACCAAAAAUUGAUGUAAUUGAUCACAAAUAUUCCUUAAGACAGGAUUUUUGGACGAAGAUCUCUCAAGUUUCAGGUUUGGCAGACACCUGGUAAAGAAGAAACGAAUUUCAAAGGGUAAUACACGACGAUAUAACACCACAACAGAGUUUGCAGUUCUACAUAUGCAAUCGUAAUAAGGAACCAUGUUAGAAGCGAUGAAAUUGUGGAUAUGUACAUUAAUUUUGCUGGUGGUGCGUGUAGAUGGCAGAAAAGGCUACGAUCUUGGAGUAAAAAUGCCAAAUCAUACACUGAGCCAUUUUGAACUAGGAUGGGGAGCACGCCAGCCCUUCAUUCUACUGAUGUACCAGCAGUCGACAUUUAAUGUGGAAUAUACCUUGUUCUGUAAUCACAGCGACGACCAAUACCGUAUAGAGGUUGUCAGUAAACGACAAGUAGUAUUCACCGUCAGGGAAACUAAGAAAACGAACAUUUCCUGUAAAUCUGCCACAGAUCUUCUGGUAAACGUUACUGAGGGACCGGAUGUUACGGCUUCAGAUUCGGUCGCGGCAAAGUACCACGUGAUGCACCGAAAAGGCGUUCGAGGCAAUUUCACCUUUAACCUAUAUGGAGAACUCAUAGGACGAGCAAUGUUGAACAUCCAACUUGUCAAGGAAACACAUCUACAGGGGGACGAAAAUAUUGAGGGCAAUAACAUAUUCAAUGUGGUAGUAUUCAGGAAACAGGGGGUGCUCGAUAAACUUUUCCGGAUUUUUAUAUACAUUUUUCUUGUCUUUGUAACCCUGGCAUUUGGGUGUAAGCUUGACCUUGCCGUUGUGAAGGAGAAUCUGCGGCGUCCUGUUGCUCCAGCGAUCGGAAUUGCAUGUCAAUAUGUCCUGAUGCCAAUGAUUGCGUUUGCCAUAGCAAAGCUGGUAAUUCCUGAGGACCAUGCUGUGGGGCUGGGAAUAUUCAUAUCGGGUAUAUGUCCAGGAGGUGGAGUAAGCAACAUAUACUCUCAUUUAUUGGAUGGAGACCUGUCACUAUCAAUCACCAUGACGACCAUCAGUACUAUUGCAGCCAUAGGUAUGAUGCCUCUGUGGAUCUACACGUUGGGCAGAGUCUUCACGGACGGCCUCGAUGGCCAAACAAAAGUCAGCAUUCCCUUUUUUAACAUCUUCACGACCUUGCUGAUUUUAAUACUGCCAUUGCUGGCUGGGAUUUUUAUUAAGUACAAGCUUCCUCGCGUCACGAAGAUCUUGAUGAAGGUCAUCACUCCGAUAACCGUUUUCACUAUCGCCAUCCUUAUUUCGGUGGGCAUUUACACAAACUUGUUCAUCUUUGAAUUUUUCGAGCCAAAAGUUAUACUGGUUGGUUCCAUGCUUCCGUACUGCGGAUAUGUCCUCUCAGGGGUCAUUUGCUUGAUCUUGCGACAGUCGUGGACCAAAGUUAAAACAAUCGUUAUAGAGACUGGGAUUCAGAACCAGGGGAUCGCCAUUCUGCUUAUGUUCACAGCUUUCCCGCCACCUGAUGGUGAAAUAGCGGCCGUGGCACCAAUAGCGUCAGGUGUGAUGACGCCACUUCCGUUAUUUGUGAUGACAAUCAUUUAUCUUAUUUACAAACGAUACAACAAAGAUAAGUACGCAAACAUACCCAAAGACGACGUGACGAAACGAGGUGACAUUUCAAUGGGUGUUCAAAAUGGCAAUAAAACAACCCUCAAUGGAAAUGUGGAAGAGAAAAAGGCUCUCCAAGACGAAGAAAUUUAAGUUUUGUCAUUAAAAUGACUUGUGAUGUAAAACACCGAUUAUAACACGAAUGAUCACUUACUACAUGUAUAGAUAUAUUGCAUUAUAAUAAUUGUAAUAAUUAUGAUAUUCAGUAAGCAUAUGUAAAGCGAUCGAAGUAACAUACCAGUGGCGAAUGUAGAGGGAUGUUACUGAGGUUGGGAUCCCCUUUGCCAUUGUAGCCUUUUCACUCCCCUUUUUUGAAGGUCAAAAAAUCUACAAACUUGGGUCGCAACCUCCCCCACCCCACUCCUAACUCAAUCCCGACUACCCUGGAAAAGACUACUCUUUUUGUAAAGUUAAUUUUCUUCUUAUUCUGCAAGAGUCAUAAUGGGGGGAUUGCUUUUUAACAUAUUUUUAACAGGGACUUACAAAUUCAUUUCGUACACUUAAGGAAGAUAAAGUGAUACAUGAAUUUAUUUGAAAAUCUUUUGAUUGUUCUAAAUUUUGAAUUAUGCUAUUGUUUACAAACUUAUUUUCCUUUACCUCAAUGAUUCUUUAAUCUAUCGCUUUAUUUCUUUUUAUCCGCAUCAUUUCGGUAAGGAAAAGAAUAAUCCUUAAUGGAAUUAAAACGGGGCGGGGAUACAUGGAGAAAUACUAUGACAGUCAUCCAUAUAGACUAAUGAUGUUUUGCUAGCGAUACGGUUUGUGUCAUGCAGAUAUAUAUGGAGAGAGAAGGAGUACUUUGCACUCAUAAUUACUUGUAUAUAAUAUGCAUGUAAAUUAUCUGUUUUCAUAACCGAGACCGUGUGUUUGCUUAUCAGGUUACAUGAUUUUAUAAAGUCGUGUGUUUUUACCAGGUGAAUAUAUUAUAUUGCAAAAUGAUAACAUAUCAUUUUAAACGUUUUGAAAAUAUUAUGAUCAUCAAAGUUACGCUUUGGAUGUUCGUAUUAAGUUUGCUAAAAGGUUUUAAAUACACGGAAACGGAGGGAUCGCAUUUUAUCGUUACCAGUCAAUUUUUUUCCCUCUUGGGAUAAUUAUAUAUAUUGUCAAAAUGCCAUCGUUUUGUACAACAAACUUUUGAAAUUAAAUAUUGUUUUAUUCUUA